CCCGACGGGACGGUGGCUAACUUGACGGUGGCGGUGGUACUGCCGGAGCGUAACGUGAGCUACGCGUGGGCUUGGCCGCGCGUGGGGCCGGCGCUGAGCCUGGCGCUGGAAGCGCUGGAGCGGGGCGAACCGCCGCUCUUGCCGCGGCCCUUCUCGGUGCGCGUCGAGUUUAUGAGCUCGGAGCUGGAGGGCGCUUGCUCCGAGUACGUGGCACCGCUCAACGCCGUGGACCUCAAGCUCUACCACGCCCCCGACGUCCUCUUCGGGCCGGGAUGCGUCUACCCCGCCGCUUCCGUGGGGCGCGUCGCCUCGCACUGGCGCCUGCCGCUCAUCACCGGCGCGGCGGUGGCGGCCGGUUUCAGCCGCAAACGGGAGCAUUACAGCACGACGGUGCGUACCGGGCCCUCGGCCCCCAAACUGGGUGCCUUCGUCUCCCACCUCCACGCCCACUUCAACUGGAGCGCCCGCGCCGUCCUCCUCUACGUGGACCGCAAGACCGACGACCGACCCUACUACUUCACCGUCGAGGGUGUCUACCAGGAGCUGCAGGACGGCAGCAACCUCACCGUCCGGCACCACAUCUACUCCCCCGACGAGGUGGUGUAUCUCUGCGGACCGCCGGAGAUGCUGCGGCAGAUCAUGCAGCUGGCGCAGCGGGAGAACCUCACCAAUGGCGACUAUGUCUUCUUCUACCUGGAUGUCUUUGGGGAGAGCCUGCGGGGUGACUCUUCCCGCGACCCCUUCAAGCCCUGGCAGCAGAGCCUGGGGCAGGACUCGGGGCUGCGCAAAGCUUUCCAGAUGGUGCUGGUGAUCACCUACUACGAGCCCCAGAACCCCGAGUACCAGCACUUCCAAACCCAGCUUAUCCUGCGAGCUAAGCAGAAAUUCGGGGUGCAGCUCAACUACUCCUUGAUGAACCUGGUGGCGGGGUGUUUCUAUGAUGGGAUGCUGCUGUACGCCAUGGUGCUGAACGAGACCCUGCAGGAGGGUGGCUCCAAGAAAAACGCCACCCACAUCAUCGAGAAGAUGCGUGACCGCAAGUUCCAGGGGGUGACGGGGCUGGUGAGCAUGGACAGCAACAAUGACCGGGACACCGACUUCAACCUAUGGGCCAUGGGUGACCCCGAGAGCGGGCAGUACGAGGUGGUGGGACACUACUCAGGCGUGGAGAAGCAGAUCCACUGGCUGGGACGACCCAUCCCCUGGGUGAAGGGGGCCCCCCCCUUGGACAACCCACCCUGUGUCUUUGACGUGGAUGACCCUUCCUGCGAUAAAACCCCCCUCUCCAUGCUGGCCAUCGUGGCUUUGGGCACCGGCCUCACCUUCGUCAUGUUUGGCAUCUCCAGCUUCCUCAUCUUCAGGAAGCUGAUGCUGGAGAAGGAGCUUGCCAGCAUGCUCUGGAGGAUCCGUUGGGACGAGCUGCAGUUUGGGAGCCCUGAGCGGUAUCACAAGGCAGCGGGCAGCCGGCUCACGCUGUCCCUGCGUGGCUCCAGCUACGGCUCCCUGAUGACCACCCAUGGCAAGUACCAGAUCUUCGCCAACACCGGCCACUUCAAGGGCAAUGUGGUGGCCAUCAAGCACAUCAACAAGAAGCGCAUCGAGCUGACGCGGCAGGUGCUCUUUGAGCUGAAACACAUGCGGGACAUCCAGUUCAACCACCUGACCCGCUUCAUUGGGGCGUGCAUUGACCCCCCCAACAUUUGCAUUGUCACUGAGUACUGCCCGCGGGGCAGCCUGCAGGAUGUCCUGGAGAACGAGAGCAUCAACCUGGACUGGAUGUUUCGCUACUCCCUCAUCAACGACAUUGUCAAGGGAAUGGCCUUUCUGCACAACAGCAUCAUCGGCCACCACGGCAGCCUCAAGUCAUCCAACUGCGUGGGGGACAGCCGCUUCGUGCUGAAGAUCACAGACUAUGGGCUGGCCAGCUUCCGCUCACCCUGUGAUGGCGAGGACACGCAUGCCCUUUAUGCCAAGAAGCUGUGGACAGCCCCGGAGCUGCUGCAGAAGGGGCGCCUGCCCACCCCAGGCAUGCAGAAAGCUGAUGUUUACAGCUUCGGCAUCAUCGUGCAGGAGGUCGCCCUGCGCAAUGGCCCCUUCUAUAUCGAGGGCAUGGACCUGAGCCCCAAAGAGAUUGUGCAGAAGGUGCGUAACAGCCAGAAGCCCUUCUUCCGCCCCUCCAUCGACAUCGGGGUGCACAGUGAGGAGCUGGCAGUGCUGAUGGAGCGCUGCUGGGCGCAGGAGCCAGCUGAGCGCCCCGACUUCAGCCAGAUCAAGAUCUUCAUCCGUAGAUUCAACAAGGAGGGCAGCACCAGCAUCCUGGACAACCUGCUGUCACGCAUGGAGCAGUACGCCAACAACCUGGAGAAGCUGGUGGAGGAGCGGACGCAGGCCUACCUGGAGGAGAAGCGCAAGGCGGAGAACCUCCUCUACCAGAUUCUGCCUCACUCUGUAGCGGAGCAGCUGAAGCGCGGGGAGACGGUGCGGGCCGAGGCUUUCGACAGCGUCACCAUCUACUUCAGCGACAUCGUGGGCUUCACCGCCCUCUCGGCGGAGAGCACCCCCAUGCAGGUCGUGACGCUGCUGAACGAUCUCUACACUUGCUUCGAUGCCAUCAUCGACAACUUUGACGUGUACAAGGUGGAGACCAUUGGGGAUGCCUACAUGGUGGUGUCGGGGCUGCCGGUGCGCAACGGGAAGCUGCACGCCCGCGAGAUUGUCCGCAUGGCCCUGGCCCUGCUCGAGGCAGUCAAAACCUUCAGGAUCCGGCACCGGCCCAACGACCAGCUCCGCCUGCGCAUCGGCAUACACACUGGUCCUGUGUGCGCUGGAGUUGUGGGUCUGAAGAUGCCACGGUACUGCCUCUUCGGGGACACGGUGAACACCGCAUCCCGCAUGGAGUCCAAUGGCCAGGCCCUGAAGAUCCACGUCUCGUCCACCACCAAGGAAGUCCUGGAUGAGUUUGGCUGCUUUGAGCUGGAGCUGCGCGGGGACGUGGAGAUGAAGGGCAAGGGGAAGAUGCGGACGUACUGGCUGCUGGGCGAGAGGAAAGACCCCAAAGUCAUCUGA